AUGUCUCUCCUUGGAAGUGAAAACAUUAAAUUAUUGCAAAAAUUAUUCAAGCCCGAGGACGACUCAUCGGAUGAGGAAACACCAUCAGGAGAUGUUCCACAAUUUGGACCCGGUGAUAUAGGAGAGUUGCCAGUAAAACCAAGAAAAAAGGGAUCUAGCGAUGGAUCGGAGCAUGUGAAACCUUGUUCUUACACUCCACUAGAAGCUCCCGUUGAAGUACAACCGAAAACACUCGAAGAAUGGGAAUUAGAGCAGCAGAAGAAUGAAGAUCACGCCUUGUUAGAGUCUCGCCGGCAGCCGCAAUAUAGAAUAUCCUACCGUCAGACCGUGGCUACCGAGGACAUCUAUCUGCAGAUGAACUGUAAAACGCCCAGUACGGCUAGUUGUGAAAAUAUGAUCGUUGAGGUUCUAUUCCCGGAGGAAGACGCCACUAUCGGUGUGCAACAUAUUGAGCUGUCGGUAAAGGAACAGUGCGUUACCGUUGAAACACCGAAGUACUACCUUAACCUCGCCCUGCCACACAAGAUCGACCCGGACAAGGGGAAUGCGGCGUGGCAUUCAGAUCAGAAAACACUUCAACUUACCCUCAGAAUGGUGCGCGAGUUGGAUUACGUUAACUUUUGA